AUGUUUAAUGCGCUGAACCGAUUCAUCUCGCGCUUGGACGGAGACGUCCAGCAGCAGAGGCAACAGGAACGAGGUUCUUUUGGCUUCCAGGUGCUGCGCAACACCAACUUGGAACUUGCUGUUGAGCCAUGGUUCGAUUUUAUUGUUGGAAUUAAUGGUAGACCUAUUGAGGACCCUGAACCUGCCUUGUUCAGUCAGGAAGUGAGGAACUGCGCGGGCAGCACAGUCACUCUAGGAUUAUGGAGCGCAAAGGGUCAAAGAACUAGGGAAAUCCACGCCCCUGUGGCGCCAGAUACAGCAUCCCUCGGUCUAUCUCUCCAAUACGCCCCUCUUGCUCUGGCCGCCAACAUCUGGCACGUUCUCGACGUCCCCGCCAACUCCCCCGCCGAUGUCGCCGGUCUCCUGCCGUACAGCGACUAUAUCCUUGGCAGCCCUGAGGGUGCACUAUACGGCGAAGGUGGUUUAGGAGAGCUCGUUGAGGACUUUAUCGGACGACCGAUGCGCAUUUGGGUUUACAACAACGAGUACAACGUCACCAGAGAAGUCACAAUACAGCCCAGCCGGGACUGGGGUGGUCAGGGUGCAUUGGGUUGCGUUCUUGGAUAUGGCGCACUUCAUCGGAUACCCCCUCCACUGAGCGAGCCUGUCGAUGCCCCUGGCGAGACCAUGUUCGACGGAGCUACUAACGAGAAGAGUGAGGAUGUGUUUGUUCCUGCUGCCGCCAGCUUAGAACAGCCACCCCCUCCCUCAGGGGACUUUUUGGUGCCCGCGCAAAUGAUUGACAGCACUCCUACGAUCGCACCGCCGAAGGGAGGCGGAAAGAAGAAGGAACGUCAUGGUCACGGUCCCAAUCCUCUGAUGGAAGAUUACUUCAAGGAAGAGGAGGAGAAGAGCCGGGCUGUCGAUAAUGCGCCAUCGGCCAGGAAUUCACCAGCGCCUCCUCCACCAAAAGCAGGCCCCCCUAGGGACUCUCCCAAGCCGGAGGCUCAAGCCAGUGGUGGUGAAGGCGAAUAA